AUGCCUCUUAUAGCUCACAUACCUCUUUCCAACACCCUUCUGUCGGCAGCACGAGGCUCAGUGGUUAUCUUCGCGAGACGAACGCUGUCCAUGCGAGCUUACAAGCCGCAAGUGCCUGAGGUUGUCUCAGCAGCAUUGGAGGAUCUGCUGGACAGCCGCGACCAGUUCGCAGCGAUGCUCGAGUUGAAAUCUGGCCGGGCUCUUCCGGUGUUGGACGAUCCCGGGGAAGUCGACGUUUUGAAGUUAACAGAGUCAAUACUGAAAGCUGACGAUUUUCUGAGUAAAAAUGGUAUACUUUUCGAGGACAUUUUAGCGGAGCCGAACGACGAUGGUCAGUUGCUGGUAGAGGGUCUGCCGCCCAUGUCAACUGACGAUCCAGAUGCAGCGGUUUGGCUGCGAGGUGUCAGAGACCUCCUUUACGGUGAAGGGGCCCAAUACUGUGUACGAGUCGAACCGGGCUAUGCCGACUCGUAUGAGCGUGUGUUGAGAAGACGUCAGGCUGUGAUAGAGUAUGAGAAUACUAGACAGGCCCUGGCUGAAUAUGAGGAGUAUGUCAACCAGCUGAGUAAGCAAGGGAAGGCGACGGAUUCCCUGACGGACAAGUCAGUGUGGAUGUCGUGGUGUCGACUCUUGGCUAAUAGACUGGAGAAAUCGAGAGAUCUUCAUCCAUUCUUGUCAACGCUGAGCUCAGAAGAGAUUAACCUGAUAUCGGUCGUCACUGUUCGUAACGUCCUUACUAUGCUGUGUACCCCAAAUAGUGGUCGUCACCCGUUUGCUGCCCCUCGUGGCUCCGAUGGGCUCGUGCAAGACGCGCAUGAUCGUGCUACAGAGACACUACGGCACUGGAAUGCUCGAGCGGGGAAGGUGGAGGAGUUGCCUGCACGCGUGUACUCCUGUUCGAUCACCAACGUCUGCUCCCAGGUCGGCGCACAAGUUAACUUUGAGCUCAAUCGUCGGCGAUUGGAAAACCUACAUGGGAAACUCCGUAUGAAGAGGCUACUAGAGGCGAGUAAUGAGGCGGCAUUGGCUAGUGGCAAGACCGUCCCUAGUCAAACACGGCAACUGCAGAGGAUGAUGGAAUCCAAGUUGGGAGCCGACCAGGACUGGGAUACUAUAGAGAAGGUUCGGGUAGGAGUGGUAUUAGUGCGGUCUCUAAUGGCCGAGGCGUUCGUUCAUGGUGAUUACCAUGCAUGUAAGAUGGAGCUCAGUGAGGAAGCACGCAUGGACAAAACUGCGGUGAGGCAUGGGUCAUCCACAGAGGCAGAAUCAGCAACAGCAGCGUUUUCGGCGGACCAAUCCUUCAACAGUAUAACGGUCGUUGAGGAUGAGCAAGAUGGUCAAGAAGAGGAGGAGGAGGACUAUGAUGGUUUCUCAGAGUUUAUGGACGUGCCUCUCCAGGCUGAAGAGAGCUCUUCGACUACAAUGCCGGUCCUGCCUACGGGGAUCACUGACGUGUCGGAGAACCCAUCCCGGGCGUUUGGCUUCUUGCCGUGUCCAACGAGGGUGAAUCAGCGUUAUAGCAUCUACAAGAGUAAGCAUGCUGGAGGGGACCAUAGCAAGGUGCUCAUGCGAGCAUUCCGGCAUCGUCUGGUACGGCGACAGAGCAAGAUACAGGGAGAGCUGUGUCUUAGGAAGGUGGCAGCUGAUGCGCUAUUACGAACGGGUAAUGGAUCGUCGAGCUCGUCAAGUCGUCUAGAGGGAUCGCCAGCCCACUUACUAGCGACUAAACUACAGCCGUUAGUGUGCAAGCCUAACCCAUGGCAGGGGUUCUGGGAGGGAGGAUAUCUCACACAUAGAACACCGUUUAUUCGCUUCACAGGAAGUAGGAUAACGUCUCGGGAUAUAAGGCAUGUCGAUCUUACCAGAGUCCAACGCAUCCUGGACUACCUCGGUUCGACACCUUUUAAGAUCAACGAGAAGGUCUUGGACGUAGUGGAAGAAGUAUGGCGGCAGGAUCUCAGGAUUGGAGACAUACCUCCUAGAGCUGACCUGGACAUACCAAACCUGCCAGGGGAGAAGGAGGGCCUGACUGAAAAGGCGAUGAAAUCGGCCAAGCUAGCUGUCAUGAAGGCGUAUAAGGAUAAUGAGAAGCUGGCCUCGGUGCGGCCAACCUUUCUCCUCAAGCUCAAGAGCGCGAGAGCUUUCCGCAACGUGUCUACUGGACUAUACUUCCCGCACAACCUGGACUUCCGUGGACGAUGCUACCCAUUGCCUCCUCAUCUACAGCACCAAGGGGAUGACCUCUGCCGUGGUCUGCUCAUGUUCAACGAGAAGAAGCGUCUUGGAGAGCGCGGGUGGUGGUGGCUUAGAUUGCAUUUGGCUAACCUGUUUGGUCAUGAUAAACUCAAAUUGCAGGAUCGCGUGGACUGGACUGAUAGGCAGACGGAGAGUAUUCUGGUCUCGGCAGCAGACCCAUUGGGCAACGCGGAGUUCUGGUUGGAGGCUGAUGACCCAUGGCAAGCCUUGGCCGUCAUAUUCGAAGUGGCUGAGGCGUUGAGGCACCCUGGAGGCCCUGAGGAGUAUUCGACGGGCAUCUCGGUGCAUCAGGAUGGCUCAUGUAAUGGUCUACAGCAUUACGCCGCUCUAGGAAGGGACGAAUGGGGAGCUACGGCAGUGAAUAUUCUACCCAACGCUGAGGUUCAAGAUGUGUAUAUGAUUGUGUUGGACAUCGUGAAGGGCAAGGUGGAGCGGCAUGCUGAUCAGGGCCAUGCUUUGGCACGGCAAGCAAUUGAGUUGGGGGUGCUCAAAAGAAAGGUUGUGAAACAGACGGUUAUGACGAUCUGUUAUGGCGUCACCAGCUUGGGUGCUCGAGACCAGGUGAAAAAGCAAUUGGAGGAUUUGGUCGGGGACACUCUCGACUCUGAGGAGCUGAUGCAAAUGGCCAAGUAUUUGAGUCAACUGGUCUUGACGUCUAUUGAUGAGGUCUUCGAACAAGCAAUGAAGAUCAAGAAGUGGUUCGAUGUUGCAUCUCGGGUGCUCACAGCCCAUGGAUUGCCUGUGUGUUGGUCGACCCCAGUGUUGGGAAUGCCCUGUCGGCAGCCCUACAGGGCCCAGGCAUCGGUGGAUGUCUCUUUGCAGACCUCUGCUAUGGCAGGGUUGAACGGUGCCAUGCAGCGCUAUGUGAAGGUCAACGUCGAAUCGGAUGAUAUGCCGGUGUCGAAGACGAAGCAACGGAUGGGUUUCCCUCCUAACUUUAUCCAUAGUCUUGAUGGUACUCAUAUGCUUCUUACAGCGGAGGAGUCUGCAAAACAUGGCUUGGCCUUUGCAGCUGUCCAUGACAGCUAUUGGACACAUGCUUGUGAUGUUGAUGAGUUGAAUACCAUAAUUAGAGAUAUGUUCGUCAAGCUGCAUAAUGAGCCUAUAUUGGAUAACCUGUAUCGUGACCUUAGCAUCAUGCUUGGAGUGAACUCUUUCCUCUUGCCGGAGUUGCCAGGACGAGGAAAUCUCCAAUUGGAUAGGGUCCGAGAGUCUGCCUUCUUUUUCGAUUGACGCCGAAUACGGUACCCCUCUUCGCCCACAAUUCAAUCCGUCGUAUUAUUGCCUUCAACUGUGUUCUCAAUGAGUGACAUGAUGGC